AUGAAAGUCUCGCUUCCACUUUUUCUUUUUGGUACAAUUUUUCUUUCUCAUCUUAGUGCGGCUGGUCCAUUGUGGCGCAAUGGAACAAGUAGGAACUUCGUACACGGUGGUGAAAGGAAAAGAGAUAGCGUUACUCCCAUCGCGAUCACUAUCCUACCUGGGACGGUCACUUAUUCGAUAACUAGUUCUACAGUUCAACCCGAAUCCACACCAUUAAUAGAAGGAACUACCACAUCCAGUACGAGUGUAACAGCUCUUUCUUCACAGCCCAUCAGGACUUCAGCGACGUCCGUGGUACAAUCAACAGAAGGAUUAAAGACAACGGAAUCGAAAAGCGCGACGAUCAUCUCUAGCACGUCAUCGAACGAAGAUAAUGAAUCCAAGACGUUGUUGAGCUCUACUACAUCUCUCUCGCAGCUGGUCUCUUCAAUAAUAUCAAGUACAGGAGGUACAGCCCCAGCACGAUCAAGUCAAGUUUCAAAUACUGAAACCAGAGAUGGAAGCAUAAUUCCAACAGCAACAGAGUUGACACUUACUAUUACUCCACCGCUGAAUACAGCUCCCACCGGAAAAUCUUCUACGAAGAGUCAAACAUCAAGCCAGACUACAUCUGAAUCACAAGCUAGUUCUUCCUCUUCGAGCCAGGUUUCUUUGCAGAUUACAACAUUUGCGCCUCUACCCACCACUUUACCUGAGAGCAGUCUUACGGCGAAAACUUCCUCAACAUUAGUAAAUAGUUCAACACUUUCGAGUCUAAAUUCUGUUCAGACUACGACAUUCCCACUACUUCCAACUACCUCUUCAAAGGCUACUGCAACCCCAGAAAGCUCUUCGGGUAAAACUUCCGAGGGGUCUUCCUCAGCAACUUCAACAUCAUUACCGACACUAGUGUCGAGUAUAUCAGUCGCACCAUUCGGUAUUGGAAAUUCAAGCACGGCAGCCACAGGAAUUCCGCAAAGUUCCAGUAAUUCGGGUCCCAGUUCCGAAUUCACAGUUGGUAUUAUAACGGAAGCAUCUGGGGUCACUUCCCAGACUUCCAUAAGGGAAACGCUGUCACCUAUCACGGUUCUAUCAAGCACUGCUGGAGCCUCAAGUUUAGUGGAGAGUGUCUUGUCGACGAAGGAGACUUCAAAGGUUACGGCUCAACCGCAGAGCACUAUUGCACAGACUAGUACGACGGUGACUCGGGCGCCAGUCUCUACCACAGGAGCAUCUGAGCAGAGUAUUAUUCCUCAAACCUCAAUAACGGAAGAUUCGUCUCAGGCGACAUCGGGUGAUUCUCUGCAAACUACAUUCGUAUACGUAACCACGGUAGUUCCAUCUUCUACUCUUGGAGUUAUCCUAACCUCUUCAUCUUCAUCCACAACCUCAACUUCAUCUAUACAAGUAAAAACCACAAAGCUUAACUCCUCUACAUCAUCAUUCUCCUCAGCGGCAACAACUAUCAAGACAUCCGAGGUCUUUACAAUUACCGCGUCUUCAGAGCCACAGACUACAAUUUUCCCCGGGCUACCCACCACACAACCUGCUAGCACAGCAGAAAUCUUCAUAACAACCGUAACACCUUCAACAAAAACAAGAGAAUCAUCUUCUAGCACCACAAAAACACCUACAUCUACACCCUCUAUCACAAAGACCACCAUUCAAGAAUCUGUCAUCGCACCUACAACCCAGAGAACCACAGCCGAUGUCCCCAAAACUACAGAAAUAGCCAGCACUAUAAUCAUCAAUGUAAACACUGCAGAAUCGAAUAAUGGGGCUGUAACUGCAUUAACUAUUAUUCCCGUUACUGCUGGAUCCGGCUCUAAAUCUAAUUCUGGAUCUGGCAAUGACGCUCCCAAAACCACAACCAGUGAUGAAAAUGCAGAGACAACCACAUCCAGGAUCAUCAUCAACGCCAGUCCGACAGCUACCACGACAGCCGGAGGUAAUGGUCUAGCACAGACUACAUCUUCUCCUUUACCCAUUUCUUCAACUCCUGUACGCACAUCUACGACUGAGAUAGAUGAUGGGCUGAAAACGACAACGUUGAGUAUCUCGCCACCGAGAGAAACGAGUAUUACGAUUGCUACUGCGCCUGCGCCGACGUCUGCACCGGUAGCGACGAGUACGAGCGCAGCAGGGAAUGUUUGUUUGGGGGUGGGAGGAGAUGGGAAGAUUACUAGUAUGAGUAGUUGUGUGGGUGGUGCGACGGAGACGGAGACGGAGACGGUGAGUGUGAGUGUGACGAUUACGGCGAGGGAGACGGUUACGGUUAGGGGGUAG